AUGCAACGCAGAUGGCUACCAUCAGUGGAUAUAGAAUCGUUUCGGGUUCUACCAAUCCAAGUCCUGGCAUCAAUUUCGAUUUUAUUAGACGACGUACUCAGGGCCUGGGAAGAAGGCAACACCGGCGUCUCUUCUCAUACCACUACGAUGCCUGUCGGGUGGUGCUACGAUUCUGUCUCGCCCAGCGGUUGCAGGCAUCCUCCAGGGAUAUGCAAACUACGCCACGACAUAACAAAAUGCAGUUGUGGACUUGUCCUUGACAGUUGCAACUUUGAAGCCCACGUACACGGCCGAAGGCAUCGGAAAAUCCUUGCGGGCACGCAGCGCCCCGUAUCGAAGCGGGAAAAGGCUAGUCCGACGCUGAAACAGUCCCCUCAUUGCCGUCCGAGUAGAGAGUUCCCGGAGAAUGAGCUUGAGGCUCAUGUCACGACUCAUACAGCGCAAGAGCGGCUGGCGACGGUGUUGGAGGAAGCUCAGAGAAAUAAGAACGGGAUUGAAGUGUCUGACCUGGCAGGUCUUGAUUUUGGAAUCAUCGAUGAAGACGAGCAACAGCCCGUGGUAGCCGAAAUGCUGGUGAAGAGGACUAGCGGUGAUGACUCCAGCAUGCCCAUCUCGUUGACCAAGUUCAGGAUGUUGUCUUCGGGGAGGCAGGAUGAGCACGGUGUGAACUAUAACACCAACUUCGAAAUUCAUACGCUCUUCUCGGCUUCACAAGAUCCUUAUCACGUUCCAUCCAUCCUAUGCCGGAGACGGAUCUGUGCUAUUGUCGGUAGCCUUGCUGAUCACGAACAUCUCGCUCCCAAGGCUCCUUACACUCCACGGAAGCGACGCAACAUCAAGUUAGAUGGUCCCAUCAAACGUAGCCUUCGUCCUCCUACUUGGACCCCGACGAAGCAGUAUAUAAUGAAAACUGGGUCUUUCAAGAGAUCUGCGAGACAAGCUAUCAAACGAUUCAUGCCUUCGUCGCUUAACGUUACAACGUACGCGCAGUACUUCCAGACCAUGCUUUACUUAGAGGAAGAACAGAAAAAGUAUGGCCUAAUGGCCCACUCUAUGCAUGAUGUUGACAUCAAGUCGGCCCACCCAAAUUACGUACUCCAAGUCAAAGGCCUUUCUAAAGGCCGCCCCUCUGUCCUGGUCGGAGAUUUUAUUCUCGCUCGUCCUGUCAAUCAAUCCACAAAGACUUGGUUCGAAGGACGCGUUCACAAGGUUGUCAAGUCGCACGUCACCCUUGGUUUCAGCGACACUUUCAAUACGUACCGCGGAACCAAGUUUGACAUACGUUUCGUUCUGAAUCGUCUACCCCACCGCCGAGCGCAUCAAGGCUCUGAUAAUCCUGAACAGCUAGAGACAGUAGCCGCUAUCGUACAUCAACCAAGGGGAAGCGUGCCGUUCAUCGUGUUUGGACCUCCAGGAACAGGAAAGACGGUGACCAUCGUAGAAGCUAUGCAACAGCUCCUCCACCGUCAUCCUGAGGCCCGCAUCCUGGCGUGUACACCCAGCAACAAGUCUGCCGACCUCAUUGUGCAAGGGACUGAUGCACCUCGGUCCCAUGGACGUCUUCCGCCUGAAUGCCUAUGUCCCGCAAGUACGACGACCUUCCCACGAGUCUUCCGCAAACACGCUCUCGUUAACGGAAACUUAUAUUUUGCUAUGCCGGUUCUCGAAGAUGUCCUCAAAUAUCGUGUCGUGGUCUGCACAUGUGUUUCCGCUGGUGCCCUUGCAAGCUUGGGUGUCAAGCCUGGUCAUUUUGGGCGACAGAACCCUGAUACUAUGAUCCCUAUCAAGGAACUGGCAGAUGAUUAUACGAACGUGAUUCUAGCGGGUGAUCCGGAGCAGCUAGGUCCGACUGUGUAUUCAGGCCUAGCAAAGGAUCUAGGGUUUUCGCAGAGCUAUUUGGAUCAUGGAACUCCUCAAGAAUUUCCGAUCUCAUCCAGACAUUUUGGCCUUCGUGAAUGCACGCUUCUACGGAAAACCGACUACAGGCAUGCUGGCGACCCUACGUUGACGAGGAGCAUGGAAAAUUGGGACGACCUUCCGACGAAGAAGUUCCCAAUCAUAUUCCAUGCUGUGGUCGGUCAAGAUCGAAGGGAGGAGGAGUCGCCGUCGUACUUCAACAUUAUUGAAGCGACAAUCGUAAAGAACUAUUGUUCACGGCUUGUUGCAGAGAAAGGCGCUGACCAUAUCGCCGUUAUUACGCCAUAUCAUGCGCAGAGAAUGAAAAUUCUAUACCUCUUCUACCAGGAUCCAGAGUUAGAGGAGAUUAGCGUUGGGAGCGUUGAAGAGUUUCAGGGACAAGAACGCCGGAUAGUCAUCAUAUCCACUGUGCGAAGUAACUCGGAGUUCAUUGCUUCAGAUAUUCGACGUUCUCUCGGCUUUGUUGCAAGUCCACAUCGGUUCAACGUCGCUGUGACCCGUGCUCAAGCCCUUCUCAUCAUUGUCGGCAACGCUGAUGUUCUGGCACUGGAUCCUAUAUGGCGAACAUUCAUGAACUACGUCCACAACAUGGGCGGCUGGCGUGGAAACCGAAUCUCAUGGGAUCCCAUGGCCAACGUCGAUGAUUAUGUAGAGAGUGUAAAGAGCCGGGCUGCUGGUGAGGCUGAGGAGACUAUAACGAGGCUGAAGUCACUCGUAGUCGGCGUGAGCGAAGGGGGAGGUUUCAUUUCUCCCUUCGAUAGCGAUGAUGACGAGAUUGACGGAGGAUUGGGUGACGGGUUGGUCAUACAAGAGGUAGACUGA